GUGAGUUGAGAGUUGAGAGUUUGAGACUGUCUUCAAGGCUCUCAUCAGUCUUCAACUCUCACCAACUCUCACACACCCACGGGCCACAGGCCACAGGCCACAGGGAGAGACAAAAGUCUGAAACAUUUAUAAAUUCACAUGACGGCGUAUGACAUUGAAAUAUUGGGAUUUGGGACUAAGGACAGCCUCACAGAAAAUUCUAUAUACAUAUGGACAAUACACAUAGUUGAACUUGACACAUACAACCUUUGCUAGUAGUCUCGUUCUCGCCACUCAAACGAAUCUUCAACAUGUCGAUCGAAAAAUUCUCACCCGAUCAAGUUGCCGCUCACAACACAGAUGAGGAUAUCUGGAUGGUAAUCAAUGGUAAAGUGUACGAUAUUACGCCCUUUAAGGAUGAGCACCCAGGAGGCGAGGAAGUAUUGUCAGAGCUUGCAGGUGCUGACGCGACGAUAGCAUUCGACGACGUUGGUCACUCCACAGAUGCUGUUAAUAUGCUUGACGACUAUUACAAGGGUGAACUCGAAGGUGAGUUCGUCUCGGGGAGUAAACCUGAGGCCAAGACUUCAGGCGUAUCCAAUUCCGGUGGAAGUUCGGCGAUCAACUUUCUAAUUCCCAUAGUUUUGGUGGUGGCUGCCGUUGUUUACAAGCUAUACCUCUCAUAAAUGGUACUUCGAUACUACUACCAUUAGAAAUAUGCACGUUUAAUACAUGGAUGCAACCGAAUAGCUACAUUUAGGUAGCUCACCGGAGCAAAGCUGAGCCUGCUACAAAGUGGACUUGGAGAGUUGAAAAACUAUAAAUUGGAAGUGAGAGAGCAUA